UCACCGCUCCAGGGCGCUGCGUGAGGGUGGGGGAGGACGCCACCCGCUCUCCCUCUCCUUCCCUCCGCCGCCCCGCCCCGGGCAAGCAGGUGUUGGCCGGGGGUGGGCUGGCCGCUUUACCAUGGCGGGGGCUGCAAAGGACACCCCGGAGCGCCCGGCGGAGGAGGAGGAAUACAGGCUCUCGAUUUGCGGCAAAUUAUGCUAUGCAAUAGGAGGUGCCCCAAAUAAGGUGGCAGGGAGUGCUGCUGCUUUCUUCCUACAGAUCUACCUGCUAGAUAUAGCCCAUAUUACUCCGUUUCAUGCCUCUCUGGUGCUGUUCAUUGGCAAAGCCUCAGGUGCAGUUACUGAUCCUGUUGCUGGCUUUUUUAUUAGCAAAAGUAGAUGGACAAAAAUUGGCCGGCUCAUGCCUUGGAUGCUGGCAUGUACACCCUUUACAGUAGUGUCCUAUUUUUUUAUGUGGUACCUGCCUCCUUUUGUAUCGGGAAGAGUUGCAUGGUACCUGACUUUCUACUGCCUCUUCCAAGCACUGACCACAUUAUUCCAAGUACCAUAUUCUGCCCUCACCAUGUUUCUCAGCACAGACCAGAAGGAGAGAGAUUCUGCAACAGCAUACCGAAUGACCAUGGAAGUUCUUGGGACCUUGAUUGGAGCUGCACUUCAGGGGCAGAUUGUGGCCAGUGCUCAUGUCUCUCAUCACUGCAUUGUGAAUCCCCCAGUAAACACAACCGACUCCUGGCAUGACCCUCCCAGCUUUCCAGACCCCUCAGAUCCCCUGUCUCAUCAGGCAAAAGUUUAUAUGAUUGCAGCAGGGGUCAUAGGAGGUGUGUAUCUUCUUGGAAUUGUCAUUCUUUUUCUUGGAGUAAAGGAAAAAGAUGAUCCUUAUGCCUUAAAUUCAGACAGAGCAAUUCCUUUUUGUAAGGGGCUUGGACUCACCAUGAAGCACGGUCCAUAUAUGAAGCUUACAGCUUCAUUUCUUCUCAUCUCAACAGCAGUUCAGCUGGAGCAGAGCAACUUUGUCCUAUUCUGCACUCAUGCUGCUGAUCUUCGCAAUCACUUCCAGUAUUUGGUGGUGACCAUCUUGGUAUCAGCAGCUGUGAGCAUUCCCUUCUGGCAGAAGUUUCUGCAGCGAUUUGGCAAGAAGUGUGCAGCAUGUGGGAUUUCGUGGAUGAUUCCUUUUGCAGUCAUGCUAGUGACCAUUCCAAACCUGAUCCUGGCUUACUUCGUGGCCUUCGUCUCUGGUCUGAGCAUUGCAGCAUCUCUUCUGUUGCCAUGGUCAAUGCUGCCUGAUGUUGUUGAUAACUUUCGCCUUCAGAAUCCUCAUGGAAAAGGACAGGAAACCAUUUUCUAUUCUUCUUACGUUUUCUUUACCAAGAUGUCAGCAGGAAUUGGCUUAGGAAUUUCUGCAGCAAGCCUGGAGUUUACUGGAUACAAGCCAGGGAUAUGCAGACAAUCCAACGAUGUGAUCCUCACACUGAAAAUCCUCAUUGGAGCGGUCCCUGCUAUCCUCAUCCUUGUAGGUUUGUUUAUACUUCUUUUCUACCCAAUCACUGAAGAAAGUCGGAAAGAAACAAAGCUUGCACUUGAAGAGUUAAGAAGGAGCCAUCAAAGCACAGAGAACCUGGAUGACCACAAAGAGGACACCUCGGUCUGAAAGCUCUGAAUACAAUGACUUUCCAAAUACAGUCUCACAUCCCACGCACAAACUCUGUGAGAGUCUUCCGGGUCAUUUCUCUGCUCACAUUUUAUCAAAAAGGAUAAAGGAUCAUUCUGACACAGUCAGUAAUGAAAUCAAGAGAGGACACCACUGUGCAAAAUAGAUAUCUAACUCCGUGCACUGUGCUAAAAAAGACAAUACAAAUGUUCAGGAAUGUAAGCUAUUGAAGGCUUGGGGGUUUUUUGUUUGUUUUCAGUGAUUAACGGAAAGCUGUGAUCUCAUUGCAACAGGAGAUUCUAUGGACUUGUAGGUCAAGGGAAAAAAGUGCAAAUGUGAUGCACAACCCAAAUUUUAACUCAUGUGAUAUAUUUCACCCUUAGAGGCUGGGGUGGAUUUUGAACAUAAGCUCUACCUAUAAAUUGCACUCUAUUGUGUUUGGAAAACACUUGGGAAUCCUGAAGUAUACUAUCUAAAGUUAGGAUUUACUUGGUUUUGAAAUGAAGCAAAUCCGUGAUGCAGACAUGUUUUGAGGAUUUUCUCACAAGGAGUUUUUCUGAAAGAGAUUUUGAUGUAAUUUAACUUUAUAGAUUUUAUAUGCAACAGAACCUUACAUUUCCCAUUACUGGAGUUCCUUGCUUCUGACACCUGUAAACUGACCUUUGUCAGAGAAUGAGUACUUAACAUUUUCAAAAACAACAUCUCCACUCAGGAUACCCAAAAUCAGUAGUGCCUUCCAAAAAUUAGACUAUGCCAUUCAAAUUUCUGUAAAUUUUGGCCUUUAAGUAAUCAUGAUACCCAUUUCUCAGGUGGUGUAGGCUCUCUGCCUCACGAGACACCAUGACAUGGCUGUUAAUCUCAGCUUGCACACAGUCUUUUAUAAUAAUGAGGUUACACCUGACUUUUAAAUGGUGAUUUUUUUUCAGUCAGGGAUGUCAUCAUGCUUUAGAUACAUUAACUGAAACCUCAUUUCUACUGUAGAUUCACGCUGCUGAACACAUCUUGUAGAUGAAAGACACACCUAACCUCAGGCACUUUCUGGAGCACUUAGUUCAGACCUGGUCAUUCUGGGCUUCUUCUGUAGUCAGUGGAGAUCCAGAGACCUCCAGAGGCUGGCUCCAAGCUUAAGCUAAAAUGACUGGACUCUGAAGACAUAUCUAAACCUGGAGGGGAGAGUAAGGAAUCCAAGAGUUGGAGGCUUGUUCGCCUUGAAGAAAUUAGCACAACGCAAGACAAGACUCGAAUUUGCAGCCCACUGGCUUCACUGUAUGAAUAUGUGGGAGGGUGCCUUUAUUUUGUACUAGCAGUGCCUUUGGAGGACUGGCUUGCCGCUGCCUGGGAGCACUUGCAAUAGGUGUCACUGGAGGCAGUGACCACAAGUAAUUUGCUCCAGGCCAUCUGGGAAGUGACUCACAGUGCUGGGACUGGAAACUGGGAGAGCUUUUACUGAAAGACACUGUGAAGUAAAAUCAGUGCAUCCACUGAGUGUCUCAUUAAGUUUAAUACUGAAACCUUUUCAGGCAAGUUUGAAGUCUAAGGCCUAAGGAGCUGUCCUAAUGCAGUAAAACGCUUAAUCAUGAGUGAGCUUUCAAGGAUAUAUUUUGAGUGUGCGUGGGUAAGAGGUGACUAUGUUUAAGACUUCCGUUGAAUUGACAUCUAAGGCUGUGGGGUUUUUUGUUUUGGUUCUUGGACAAAUCAGGAUUUGUAUGCCUGGGGCAUAUGUGUUUACAAUAAUAAAAACCAUAAGCCUGUUUACAAUUUUGAGUCUGAGGGAAUUUGAAAUAGCAGAUUUACUGCACUUUGAAGUAGGUAAGAUAUGUAGUAAUAUCAUAUAGCUCCAAAACAUCAUAGAAAACAGUUUUGGAGGUAUGAUUUAUUCUGUAAUAUUUGUGUAUUUCUGAAUAGUCUUACUUAAAAACAACCAGAAGUCCCAGUAAGGGCUGUUAAUGUUUUUUAAUGGGUCAUGUUUUCAGCUGCUGUAAAUCUGUAGCUACAAGGCAGUGGAUCCGUGUCAGUUUACAUAAGCUGAAUACUUAGCCCAGUGAUAAAAGGGUUGCAGAAACUGCUGGCUGUGGUUGAUUGGAGUAAUUUGAAUGUGGCUUAAGAUAUUAUUUCUAGAUCAGUUGUGCAGUUGCCUCUAAAUUGCACAACACCCAAUCCGAAUUCAGUCUCUUGCAAGGUAAACUUAGUUGAGCGUAAACAGUUUUCUGCUUCUCCAGAGACAAUGUGAUAUUUAUCUAACAGAGACGUACUCAGUCCUCACUUUGCAUAUGGUAGCAAUAAUGGGAACUGCCAAAAUAAAAUAGAAAGCUUCUGUAGAUGAAAUUAGCACAGUAUUUUUAUAUUUUUAAAAUCUCGUUAUUUUAUUUGAUUAUCAGAGUUGUACUUUUGUUAAGAAAAUGAAUGUAUUUUUGUAAGUAAAAAGAAUGGAAGAGUAAGUGCCGGGUAAGAUUUUUUUUGUAAUUUUCCUUUUUUAGGGCUCAGUGUUGGUGCUAUAAAAUGAAUGAACUUUGUA